GAGUAAUUGGAGGAGUGUUGUUAGGUGUGGAAAUGCAAAUUUACCCUUUACUUUUUAGGGGACUAAGUUUUUUAAUAGGGGACUAUGUUUUUUAACUAAGGAACUAUGUUUUUUUAACUCACCUUAGUUACUUUUUGGCCGGAAAGUGGACUCGAGGUCUCAACGGUAAAAAAAAAAUGGAGUUCCAAAAGGUAAAAAAAGUAAAAACUUGGACCUAAUGUCAUACUUAACUCUACAAACAUUAAAGUGUAGAACACUGGACAACAAAUAAAGCAACCUACCAAAAAGUGGAUAUAAGCCCAAAUAAAACACAGAUUUAUUCAAUUCAAAAUUCUUGGAAAACAUAAAGAGCGCAAAAAUAGAAAUUAAAAGGGCCAAAAUUAUUUAAAAGGAAAAAAGAAGUACAAAAUUCAAGCACACGUCAUUCAUACGCUCGUUAACAGAAGCCCUAACGUACUAAAUUUUCCAGAACUUCACUCAAUUUUUUAAUUUCCCCAAAAUCUCAAAUUUCGAAUUUCCCCCAAUUUUUCGAGUUCGUGACCUAAUUUUCUCUCUCCAGAUGAAUGCGCGGAAAUUGCUGUUGCGCCAGAAAGUUGAGGUGCGGCAACUUGAGGAAGGUUUGGGGGGGUCAUGGCACCCUGGAGUAGUUGUUGGUGUCUUAGACUCAUGUCGCAAGGUUGAAUAUGAUGAAUUGCUGUGCGAAUCAGGAAGUUCCAAGCUCAUAGAGUCAAUACCUGUCACCGGGGCAAUUGAGGGUCUUUACCAGCGUCCUUGUGUCAAAUUUAAUUACCGUGGUCGUAUAAGACCCAAACCUCCUCUUCCAAGAAUUAUGAGUGCUUCAGAUGCAAAGCUAACUUUUGGAGUCUGUGUUGAUGUUAUGUUUAAGGAAGCAUGGUGGGAGGGAGUGAUUUUUGAUUGUGAUGAGGGUGCACAGGAGCGACAUGUUUAUUUCCCUGAUGAAGGUGAUGAACGUGCAUUCAAAUUGACUGAUUUGCGUGUCACUUCUGAUUGGGAUGAAUUUACUGGUCAAUGGAGAGAAAGGGGUGUUUGGAAGCUAGUGGAUCUAGUCAAGGAGCACAAAAUAGACAAACACGUAUUCCAUUUUGUUAGGCGUGUUUGGUCCCGCUUGAAAGUAAAUUAUGGUUUUCAGAAAAUGAUAUCAGAGUGGACAUGUGGUGCAUAUUGUGUGUGGAAAGAAUACUUUAUGGAAGUUAUCUAUACCAUGACUACUAAACAAGGAAGAAAGGGUCUUUCUUUUCCUACUAAUACUCAGAUACACACAGUGAAGAAAAGAAAAGGCAGAACCAAGAGGUCUCACGUGAGCUUUGUAGAUGCUUCUGUUCUAACUAGGUCAAUGCAGAAACGAAAGGAUAAAGAACUUAGUCUUAGGGUAAGAACAAGGCGUAUGUGUCUGAGUGAAGCGGAGGAUUCCUUGAUUGCUGUUGCCGACAACAGAGGCUAUAUGACUGAUGGUGAUUGCAUGCGAAGUCAACCGGCACCUGCUGAUGCUUCCUUAAAUAUUGAGGUUUCAAAGGCUUCUGACAAUGGUGAGACUGAACAGGUUCCUAGUCAGAUUUGUAGUCUGGCAAAUGCCAGAGCUCUGAAUAAAGGAGUUCAUCUCAUGAGGACCUCUCAAAAUGAUGGUGCUCCCUCUGUAAAUCCUAGCAUGUCUGAAAAGAAUUUAAAUAUAAAUAUGUCUCCAAAUAUUUGUUUUAGAAAGAAAUGGCAGUUGGCUGAAGACAAAUUGACACCUAGGAAACUGACAACUUCCCCACUACGUGGUAAUAAAUUAGGACGACACAAAAGCUGUAACUCCAGAUUAACAAGGCAGGUGCUUGAUUCAGUGCCCUUACAGUUUCAAGAUAAUAAUCCCGUUUACAAUAGGAGAGAAGUGAUGCUAUUAAAGCAAAAGAAGGUUGGCAUUAGUACGAGAUAUUCCGUUCAUAGAAAAGAGAGACGGAUUAGAAUUUCUAGGCGCAGCAUUGGGAAGAAAAGAAGUCCCAAGAGGAUCAAAAGAUUAUAUCCAAGGAAGACUCAGGAGGCUAGUGUUAUAUCUAAACCCACAUCGCAGAAGGAGCUGGAGGUAUCAAAAUCUAAACAAAAAGAAGCCAAUCUAUUGGGCAGUGGUAGCAAAGGGAUUCAACCUGUCACAGCUUCUUGUCAAGAGUCUGAACAUCAAGAAAAUUUAGAUAGUCCUCGUAAGCAGAAGGUUAGGAAGGGUAGAUGCCGUGACUCAGUUUGCUUAAUCUGUCAGCAUGGAGGCGAAUUAAUUCAUUGUGAUCAUUGCUUGUCUUCGUACCAUUUGACCUGCAUUGACCUUCAGGAAGUUCCUGACGGAGAAUCAUUUUGCCCAUCUUGUCAAUGUGGCUUAUGUGGCUUGGAACAUUCUGCCAAUGGGGAUCAACUAUUUACUCAAGUGUGUUACCAAUGCAGCCGCCAAUAUCAUGUGGCUUGCCUUAACAAAGCAGGAGCAUCAGUCUCUGAUGACUCAUUCCUAGACAAAUUCUGUAGCAGAAGCUGUUUUGAGAUAUGUGCUCGUCUUCAUGAACUCUUGCAAAUCUCAAAUCCAACAACGAUGGAAGGCUUAACCUGGACUAUUACAAGAUCUAGAAGAAAUGAUUGUAACGUACACAAUGAACGAGUUCAUCCUCUCGUUCCGGUGUCUCAAGUUCUAAAUGUUUUUCAUGAGUGCUUCGAACCUAUACUUGAGCCCCAUACUGGGAGAGAUCUAGUUGCUGAUAUUGUUUACAAUUCUGGGUCAAAAUUCAGGAGACUGGAUUUCCAUGGGUUUUAUGUAAUAGCUUUGGUUAAUGGCGAGGAGCUUGUUUGUGUUGCUACUAUCAGAAUUCAUGGUCAGAAAGUGGCAGAGAUGCCACUUGUAGCUACACCUUUCAAGUAUCGUCGAAAGGGUAUGUGCCGGCUUCUUGUGGAAGAGUUGGAGAAGAUGCUUGUUGAAAUGGGUGUUGAAAGAUUGGUCUUGCCAGCUAUAGCUCAGCUGAGUGAUACCUGGGUUUCGUCAUUUGGUUUUGCAGAGAUGCCAGCACUUUUAAGGAGAGAAUUGUUGGGUUAUCCAUUUGUUCUUUUUAAGGGAACUACUAUGUUUCAGAAAAUUCCCAGAAGCUCGGCUCCAUUAGAUUCUUUGGAAGCAACAAGAAAGCUGGAAAGGACUGGACCCGAACAGGUAAUUCACCCAAAAGAUAGGUUCAAUAUACAGUACAAGCGAAGAGGGAUACCAGAAGCUUCUGGAAAAGAGAAAACAGAAAUGGAUGUAUCAGACAAGAACCAGACCACAUUCAAGUGUGUGUACAAGCGGCGGAGGGUUCAAGCAAGCAAAGACUGUAAGACAGUGAUGGAUGGAUCAGAUAAGAACCAAUCCACAUACAAGUGCGUGUACACGCGGCAGAUGAUUCAGGCAAGCAAAGAUUCUAUUGUUAGCCAAUAGUUGGCGCCCUAGUUAAAUUGUACAUUAGUAUAGGCAUUAGUCCUCAUGCAGGCUGGCCUUUGUCCUUCAACUUUUUAGAAGAAGGCGAGGGGGAUAAUUGAGAGAGAGAGAGAGAGAGAGAGAGAGAGAGAGAGAGAGAGAGAGAGAGAGAGAGAGAGAGAGUAUGCGUUAGGCAUCGUUAUUUUUUGCCCAAGUAGACCCAGAUUAAUUAACCAUAGCUCUGAAUCUAAUCCCACUAAGAAGGUUGGUGGGAGAUGAUUUUCACAAUGUAAGUAUGUAACCCUAAUUUGAAACACUUAAUGUAAAGCAAAAAAUAAAUCCUAACCAAGUUGCAUUCA